CAUUCUCGCUGUUUCUUUCACUAUUUUGUUGUUGUUUGGCUAAAAGCCUAAUACCUCUCACCGGGCUGUACAAAGCCGUAAUUUACUACUGAGAAAGAUCUUUUAUUCUCUCUAUUUCUGUGGUUGUUGUGUUGUGCUGGAUCUCUUUUAUUGACCGUCACCGUCACCGUCACUUGCAUAACUGUUUGUUUCUUUGUUUCUUCCUCUCCUGCAAAUUCAGCCACUUCACUUUUUUCACUCGAUCGUCAACUUUUCUCUUUCUAUAUACUAUUAAUUAACUUUUAGGGUUCCAAUCCAAUUUCAACUUCAGAAUAUCACUUUAGUUCUCAGAAGCGGAGAUGACAAGUCGAUUAAAGGAAGAUGAGAAAAAUGAACGAAUUAUUCGUGGUCUUCUAAAACUUACACCCAAUCGUAGAUGCAUUAACUGCAACAGCCUGGGACCGCAAUAUGUAUGCACAAAUUUCUGGACGUUUGUUUGCACAAACUGUAGUGGAAUACACCGGGAAUUUACACAUCGAGUAAAAUCUAUUUCCAUGGCUAAAUUUACUGCACAAGAAGUUAGUGCACUUCAAGAAGGAGGAAAUCAGCGUGCAAAAGAAAUAUUUUUUAAAGAAUGGGAUCCACAAAGUCACUCUUUACCUGAUAGCAGUAAUGUUGACAGGCUUCGGGACUUUCUCAAGCAUGUUUAUGUGGAUAGGAGAUUCACUGGCGAGAGGUCCAUUGACAAACCUCCAAGAGUAAAGGGUGACAAGGAUGAUUUAUCUGAAAACAGGAGGGUGGAGGCAUAUCAGGGAGGACCUAAAAGUCCUCCAUAUGAGGACCCAUAUGAACGCCGUCACAGUGACAGGUCUAGUCCUGGUGGAAGAAGUCCUGGGUAUGAUCAAGAAAGGAAUUAUGGUGAUUAUAAGAGAAGCCCUGGUCGCCCACCAAUAAUCAAUGACUGGCGUCGUGAAGAUAGAUUUGGGGAUGGACGGAGAUUUGAAGAUCAUAGAAUAUCUAAUGGAAAUAAUAAGCUGGAAAGCCAAUCUCCUGAGAGAGCCAAAGAUCUGGAUUCUUCAAGCCCACCACCUGUUGUCCGACCUGUUAGAGAAAUUCUGGGAGAAAAUGUAAUACCUCUACGAAUUAGUGAACCUCCCAAAGCAAACAAUGGACAGGCUGCUAAUGGCUCAGCACUCACACAGAGAAUAGCAUCUUCCAGUAGCUUGGCAUCCAGCAAUGGAACUUCUUCAGAAGUUAAGCUUGAGACUAUCAAGAGCCUUAUUGAUUUUGAUUACGAUCCUGAACCACCUAUUGCUCCAUCAAUUCCUCAAGCCACACAAACUACUGUGGCUCAACUUGUGAAUCCAACAAAUUCUGGUGAUAACAAUUGGGCCUCCUUUGAUGUUGCACCUGAGGUAAAAGUAUCUCAGGGUCUUUCAAAUGUAAAUCCACUUGAAUCUAUGCUGUCCCAGUUGUCAGCUCCAUCAUCUUUACCUGCUCAAGUUUCUGGAGCCCAAGGGCCUGUGGCGGGAUCAGCUCUUACUGCUACUGCUGGAGCUCCAACUGUGAGCAGCUUCACAACAUUCCCGGCUAGUGUUGCUUCACUAACAUCUUCUGGAAUGACAAUGGCAUCACCUCUUAAUAAUGCAGACCCGUGGCCUAGUUUGCAGUAUCAGCAACCUUUGUUUACAUCUACUGCUGGUCAGCCUACUGUUCAACAAUCUACACUACCAGUAGGUGGAGCUUUGAAUAAUCAGGGGCAUCCAAGCACACUAGUGCCACAUGUCUCAAAGGUUGUCAACGAGGAUAAAUCUAGUGGUGCUUCACAGAUAUCUACUGUAGACAUGAAACCAAAUGGAAGAAAUGAACUUCCUGAGGAUCUAUUCACUGUAAAAUAUUCAUCCUUCCAUUCUCCAGUCCCAAGCUGGCAAAUGGGUGCACCACCUGGCAUGGGCAUCUCAGUUCAAUAUAAUAAUAUGGUGUCCAUGCCGGGUUUCCCACAACCGUCAAAAUCUACAAAUCCAUUUGAUGUAAUCAACGAACCAACUCCAGUUCAAGCCCCAACUUUUCCUUCUAUGUCAUCUUUGCAAGGUGCUCUGCCUAGUGUAACACCCUCAGCUACAGUGCACACUUCACACAUGGGUAAUCAAUCUCUUGCCUGGAAUCCACCACACUCGUUAUCAUAUGCACCAAUGCUGCCUCCACAAGCACAAACUCAUGCCUCAGCAAUGGGACCAAGGGCAUACGUGGAGCAGCAGAUACCCACUAACAUGCCAAUGCCAAGGCAUCAAGGAAUUGGAACUUUUGGUACCGAGGGAGCUGCUUUUGGCUUCUCUAAUAUAGAUCAGCAGCUGACUGGCAGGUUGUCAACCUCUGCCACCUUAAACCCCUUCCCAGCUGCAGGAGGUAAUCCAUUCGGAUGAUCUCGAGUUUUUAAGCCCAGGCUUUCUUUUCAAGCCAAGCAUCAAUUUGUUGCACCCUGUACAAAUAUGGUUGAAGUUGUUUGUACCAUUCUUUAGUCGAGGCGAAACACUCAAGCAUAUAGAGAGAUUUAUAAUCAGUCAUAUGUGUUUAGAAUGCAAAUAUGCGUACAUUGCUUGUAAAUUGUUUGUUGCUAUAGGAAAGAUGAAGGCAAAGGAAGGGGUCUUAGUGUCACUGGACUGAAACAAUGAGCUGAUGAAUACCAGAAAGGAGCGCAUAGACCCCUUUGCCGAGACGAGUAAUUAUUUUAGGUGCAGCCUUGUGUUGUAGUGUCCGUUGCUUAAUGGUGUGUUGUUUAGUACUCUGGUUGUAUUAUUUUUUCGAUUUUGCUUUCUUGUAUUAAAUCUUGUAAUCUCAUUAUUUUGGUAAGGGGUUUUCUAUACCUGGAAGCAGGUGAAAUUAACUGUUAGAUUGGUGUCACGAUUGAGUUCUAUAGCACUAUAUGAUUACUGAAAUUAUCGUGGUUAUGGUCA